AUGGAUGAAAAUAUAAUUUGUUCGGAUUCUGAAGCAUGUCUUCAAUUUAUUCAUUCAAAAUUUAAUUCGUAUAAACAAAUACUCGAUGAUGAUCAACGAGCAUGUGAUAGUAUAAUUGCUUCUAUAAGAGAACAAAUAUAUUCAUACAAUAAUAAUGAUGAAAAAUUUCGAUCAUUAACCGGAUCUGAUACAAUCGAAUUCACAAAUCAACUGAAUUAUUUGGAACAAGAAGCAUUUAAAACAAAUGAAGAAAAUAAAACAUGCUUAUUUAAAAUGUUUCAAAAUUUAUUCAAUUUACAUCGUGAACUUGCACUUGAUGCAGUAAUUAUUAAUGAACGUCAAAUAGCUGCAACAUUCCAAUAUAGACCUUCUGUAUUACCAAAUAUUGAAAAAAUCCGUUUUUCUAAGACUUCUGUGAUAUCAUCUUCAUUGGUGAAUUCUGUGAUGACAACUACUGAUAAUAAUCGUUUAAUAUUUACUGCAACAUCAACACCUAAAGCAUCAGCACCUACUCCAGUGCAUUCUACAAGUUUUAGUAAUAGAGCUGAUAUUGAAGCAUUUCAACAUAAAAAAGAAUCUCUUGAAUCAAAAUCAAUUCCAAAACAAUAUUCAUCAAUCGAAAGUAAUGAAGUUGAUAUAACACAAUUGGUUCGAGACACAUAUUCAAAUAAUACAUCUAAUCAAUUCAAAUUUUCUAAUAUAUCACAAAAUUUACAACAACAACAACAAAUUAAAACAACAGUACCAUUCAAAAAAAUUCCUAAACAAACAGUAUCAUGUGAUGAUGCUUUAUUGGCUGCUGCUAAUAAACGAUUUGUUCUUCUUUAUAAUAUGAAUACUCCAAGCCUACUUUAUGUUUUUGAUACAGAAAAAGAUGAUACAAAAGAAUUUCAUUGGGAUGAAGGUGAUAUUCAAUCUCUUGGUUAUGUUGAAAAAAAUCUUGAUAAACAAUAUUUUCUCUAUGAUACAUUAUAUAAAGAUUUACUAUUAAUUAGACAUGAUUUAUCUUAUCAAACAGCAUUAAAACGUAAUAAUCAAAUUCAAUCAACUGUUUAUGAUGAUUGUUGUUAUUAUUUAUAUACCAAUAGGGAAUAUAAUCAACUAUUAAUAAAAUGUUCAUUAGAUAAUUUUCAUCAAGUAUCAAAUUUAAAUUUAACACAAAAAUAUCCACAUAUUCAAUAUUUUCUUGGUUUAACAAUAACAACAAAAUCUAUCAUAGCAUUUUUAAUUAUUGAUUCUAAUGGUUAUCAAUUAUUAUUUUGUGAUGAAUUACAUGAUUAUAAUGUUAUGAAAAAAUUAUCUAUAACGAAUUCAUUAGAUGCAACAUCCGUUUUUUCAACAUUUUUAUCAAAUACGAAAAUAAAUUUUUCAGCAGCAGCAACAACAAAUAAAAAUAAAAUAACAAAAUCUGGCAAACAAUUAUGGUUUGUUUUAGAUAAAAAAUUAAAUUGUAUACAUUGUCUAACAUAUGAAAAUUAUUUAACAAAAAUUUCAUCAACUCAUCAUCAAAAACAAAUUCAAUCUCUCACGAUAUUUGAUAAUAAACUUAUUUUAGCAUAUAAUGAAUUAUUUGUAGACAUAAUUGAUCUUGACAAUUAUUUUUCUUCAUUGAAAUAUUAG